CAGUCGUCGGUGUAAACCGUAAACAGGUAGGAUGUUCGGUUGGUUCUGUCCCUGUUUACUCCCUCUGUACCCGGGUUAGACCUCCGCACCGCGACCCGCCUCAGGACCAGGACCACAGCCGAGAAGAGCCGAGAAGAGCCGAGCGCAGCAUGAAUGAGACGGAGGGGCUCCGGUUCCGGCGCGUUCACCGGCCGCAGGUCAUCACCGACGAGCUGCCGGAGCACCGCUACAAGGGGACCGGCACGUACAGUGGGAAGGUGUUCCAAGUGACGCUGCUCUCUCUGGGCGGCUUCCUGCUUCUUCCUCUCCUCGUCAUCAUCCUCAUCAUCGAGUCUCCCAUCCACCCCGAAGUCUUCAGCCUGAAGGAGCCGCCGCUGAUGACGGGCUGCUGGGAGCCGAACCUGAAGCUGCGUCAGGCUCACAGACUCUACGAGGACCAGAUCCUCGGACCGGAGUCCAUCGCCACCAUCGGAGAUGUUUUGUUUACGGGAACAGCUGACGGGAAGAUCCUGAAGCUGAUUGGUCGGAGGAUUCACACGGUGGCGAGACUCGGGAAGCCGCCAUGUGGCUCCUCAGAGGACGAGUGGAGCUGUGGGCGACCGCUGGGCCUCCGAGCCGGACCCAACGGGACUCUGAUCGUAGCCGACGCCUACCUGGGUCUGUUCCAGGUCCAGCCCACCACAGGUGAAGCGACGCGGCUGGUGGUGGGCGGUCAGCUGGUGGCGGGCAGGAAGCUGUCGUUCAUAAACGACGUGGCGGUGACGGCGGACGGGAAGAAGCUGUACUUCACCGACUCCAGCAGCAGGUGGCAGCGCAGAGACUACCUGCAGCUCAUCAUGGAGGCCACGGCCGACGGCAGAGUGUUGGAGUUCGACAUGGAGAGCCGGGAGCUGACCGUCGUCAUGGAGAACUUGCGAUUCCCAAAUGGCAUCCAGUUGCUUCCUGACGAGGAGUCGGUGCUGGUGGCCGAGACCACCAUGGCCCGGAUCCGCAGAGUCCACGUCGCCGGUCUGAAUAAAGGCGGGAUGGACACGUUCAUGGACAACCUGCCCGGCUUCCCAGACAACAUCCGGCCGAGCUCCUCCGGAGGUUACUGGGUGGCCAUGUCGGCGGUGCGGCCCAACCCCGGCUUCUCCAUGCUGGACUUCCUGUCCCAGAGACCCUGGAUCAAGAAAUUCAUCUUCAAGCUCUUCAGCCAGGACAUCCUGAUGAAGUUCGUCCCUCGCUACAGUCUGGUGGCGGAGCUCCACGACGGCGGCGUCUGCACCCGGAGCUUCCACGACCCCAACGGCCUGGUGGCGGCAUACGUCAGCGAGGUCCACGAGCACGACGGGAGUCUGUACCUGGGCUCCUUCCGCUCGCCGUACAUCGCCAAGCUGGACCUCGGCACGGUGUGAAAGAACUGCCGGGCGCAUGGACGGACAUUAGUGGCGAGGUCUGAAGCCGUGAUGAGGCGGUGGCAAUCAGGGAGGUGGAAUGAAAACCGAUGUUUUGUCUCAGAUGGCGGUCGACGCCACCAACGGGUCAGCCUGUUACAUUUCCUGUUCACUGUUUUGUUUUGUUUCAUGGUCGCCAUGAGCCACACUCUGAAUUUACAUCCUCCCUUCUCCAGUUAUAGCUUCUUCUGAAACUCAGGUUCUGAUCGUGGAACAAAAAGCGCUUGGACCCGAUCCGUUGCAGCCCCCUGAUUGGUCCUGUGCAUGUGCAACUCUUUAGUUAGUUUAACUCCGGCUUCUUUUCUAAUCAAAACUUGACUGUUAAAGCAGCUCCAGGGAACUUUUAACUGGUCAUUAAACCUCAGCAGACCCGAGGAACCAUUUCAAUAUUCUAAGAACCUCUCAUUGUGUCCACGAACAAUCCGAGUUCUUAGAACGCCACUUUGACAAACUGCUUUAUGAGUUGGUACUUUUUCCAACGAGGUCUAAAAUUAGCCAAUGUUUUUGAACGAGUCCUGAAAUCAGUCUGCGUUUUCAAACGAUUCCUAAAAUCAGUCUGUGUUUUCUAACGAGUCCGAAAAUGAGCCAGUAGUUUUGAACGAGUCUUAAAAUCAUUCAGUAUUUCAGAACGAGUUCUAAAAUGAGUCCAUUUAUACGAACGAAUCUUAAAAUGAGCAUUUAAAUGAGUCAGUAGUUGUGAACGAGUCCUAAAAUGAGCACAUUUUUGAAUGAGUCAUAUGGUGAGUCUGUAGUUUAGAACGAGUACUAAAAUGAGUCAGUAUUUUAGAACGAGUCCUUAAAUGAGUUUGCAUUUUCGAAAGAGUCCUAAAAUCAGUCUGUAUUUUCUAACGAGUCCUAAAAUGAGUCAGUAGUUUUGAAUGAGUCCUAAAAUGAGCCAGUAGUUUUGAAUGAGUCCUAAAAUGAGCCAGUAGUUUUGAACGAGUCUAAAAAUGAGUCAAUAUUUCAGAACGAGUUCUAAAAUGAGUCAAUUUAUACAAACGAGUCUUAAAUGAAUCAGUAUUUGUGAACGAGUCCUAAAAUGAGUACAUUUUUGUAAAAGAGUCCUAAAAUGAGCCAGUAUUAUUUAAUGAGUCCUAUGAUGAGUCUGUAGUUUAGAACGAGUCCUAAAAUGAUUCAUUAGUUUGGAACAAGUCCUAAAAUGAGUAAAUUUUUACAAACGAGUCCUAACAUGAGUCAGUAUUUCAGAAGCAGUCCUAAAAUGAGUCAAUUUUUACGAACGAGUCCUAAAGUGAGUCAGUAUUUUUGAACGAGUCCUAUGAUGAGUGUUAUUUUGAACGAGUCCUAAAUGAUUCAUUAGUUUGGAACGAGUCCUUAAAUGAGUAAGUAGUUUUGAAUUAAUCUGUAUUUUAGAGUCUGAAAACCCUGAAAACACAAAAGGCAAUCCAGACUUUACUGACCACACAAAGUGGUUUGGAAUCGUCCACCGCCCCUCCAGCUUUCUUCACGCCAGCAUUCCAGUUGGUGGCGAGAACGCAUUAAGAAGGUUUGUAGUUCUCAGAAAAUGCAGAAUAUGUCCUGCAGAAGAAGACGAGACCAUCAGCUCAGACUCCAGAUCAGCAAAACAUGUUGGUGUGUUGCGUUUCUGUAAUCCACAGAUACAUUUCGAUGCUAAAAGCUGUGCAGAGCCGCCGCCGUCCUGUUGUUGAAAGUUUUGUUUGUUUGUUUUUUUAAAGAUUAUUUAAGAUUAUUUUGUUUAUUUAACGUGACCUUGACCAGGUUGUUCUGGUUCGUGUCGUGAGAACGGGUCAUUUACUGUUUAACCCAAACAUGUUUUUGGUUAAAAAAAAAAAAAGGUAGAUUUAAAUUUACCUGUGGUGGGAAAAGUCAGUGCCAACUUUUAUUUCGGCAGCUGGGUUGCCCCGCCCACUUCCUGGGCGCUGUGCCGCCGGUCACCACGCCAAGAGUCUGGUGCUCAUAGAAA